GUUUCACACCAUGUCCAUCAUGAUCGCCGUGGACAUCCUGGGCUGCACGGGCAGCACGGAGGAGCGGGCGGCCCUGCUCCACAAAACCAUCCAGCUGGCCGCCGAGCUGAAGAGCACCAUGGGGAACAUGUUCAGCUUUGCGGCUGUGAUGAACGCCCUGGAAAUGACACCGAUCGCCCGACUGGAGCAGACGUGGAUGGUGCUGCGGCAGCGGCACACGGAGGGUGCGAUCCUCUACGAGAAGAAGCUCAAACCCUUCCUGAAGAGCCUGAACGAAGGGAAAGAAGGGCCGCCGCUGACCAACACCACCUUUCCCCACAUCAUGCCCCUUGUGAUUCUUCUGGAGCGGGAUGAGGCUCUGACGGACAGCCCAGAGCCCUGGGAGACCACCGACAACGGCGUGGAGGUGGUCAUGGCCCACCUGGAGGCAGCGCGGAUGGUGGCCCACCACGGUGGGCUCUACCACACCAACGCGGAGGUGAAGCUGCAGGGUUUCCAGGGCAGAGCAGAGCUGCUGGAGGUCUUCAGCACCGAGUUUCAGCUGCGGCUGCUCUGGGGCAGCCGGGGGGCGGCCGAGAGCAGCCAGGCCGAGCGCUACGAGAAGUUCGACAAGGUCCUCACCGCCCUGUCCCACAAGCUGGAGCCAGCAGUGCGCUUCAGCGAGCUGUAA